AUGGCCGACAGCGACAGCGACGACGAGCUCAUGCGCGCGCUCCGCGGAGGCGGCAUGAAGUCCGCCGAGUGCUCGUACUGCCAGACCGAUGGGGCCAAGCUACCCUGCUCCAAGUGCCACCAGGCCAUGUACUGCGACGACACCUGCUUGCGCCGCCACUUCAAAGCGCACCGCGACCACUGCAUCCAGGUCUACCUCAAGGAAGACAGCGAGGACGAGGAAGAGAGCGAAGAGGAGGAAGACGACGACGAAGAAGAAAAGGCCAAUGCAGCCUCGUCGUUUGUGAAGCGACAGAGCUCGCGCUCCAUCGGUGGCCCCGUCAUGAUGGGCAUUCCCGGCCUGACCGAGGAGCAAGUGGCGACGCUCAUCAAGCUCUCGACCAAGUCCAAUGACGUCGGCAAGCAGCAAAAGGAGAUUUCGCAUCUCAAGGCGCAGAUCGAAGAGAUGCUCAAGUCGCAAGAGUCGAUCGCGCAGAUCGCCAAGGCCAACCAGAUCAAGCCCGAGCACGUGCUCUCCAAGUCAUCGUCCAUCAAGCAGAAGGAGCUCGACUUGCUCAUGCACAAGCUCGAGGCGCUCGAGCAGCGCGCGAGUUUUGCGCCGUCGACGAUGGGUGCGCCGCAAAUGCUGCCACUGGCUAUCGCACCGGUGAUCUACCACCCGCUACUCGUCAAGGACGACGACAAAUUCAAAAAGUACUUCAAACUCCAAGCCAUGUCGAUGCCGUCGGACCAGAUCAAGGCCAAGAUGGAAGUCGAUGGCGUCGACCCGGGGCUCCUCGACACCCCCCACGCCGUCUCCCCCAACGACCCCGGCGCACCGCCCGGGGCCUAUGUACCAUUGACGGUCGGGAACGACCCCAAGUAUAAAAAGUUCUUCAAGCUGCUUGCGAUGCACAUGCCCGUCGACCAAAUCAAGAUGAAGAUGGAAGCGGAGAAGCUCGAUCCGUCGUUGCUCGACCACCCAGAAGCCGUCUCGCCCAACGAUCCUGGCCCGCCGAUGCUGGCGCCGCCGUCGCCGCCCAUGACGCCGCCGAUGCAGCCGAUGGUCACAUAUGUCCCGCUGCUCGUCAAGGACGACCCUGCGUUCAAAAAGUUUUUCAAACUGCUGACGAUGGGUAUGCCCAAAGAACAAGCGCAGCUCAAAAUGAAAGCCGGGGGCUUGGACGGCGCGCUCCUCGAGACGCCGGACGCUGUCUCGCCCAACGAUCCCGGGCCGCCGCCCGCACCAACCCGUGGCAGCUUUAGCAUGUCCGCCCCGGCGUCCGUCGGCGGCAUCUCGAUGGACCAGCUCUUCGCCAUGGUGAUGCAACACCAACAGAUGAUCCAGCAGGGCAACUUUGCAGCGUCGGGCUCACGGACGCCACCGCACGAAGGCGGUGGUGGCCCGCCCGCGCGGUCUGUCAAGGACCAAAUGGCGGCCGAGCUCGCGGCGGCGUCGAGUGCAGUCGACGAUAUUUUCGGCGAAGACACGGUCAAAGCGACGGGCGGCGGCAUGUCCAUGGUCGAGCAGCUCGAGAAGAAGGCGCGGAAGGAGUCGAACAAGAAGCUGGUCGACAACAUUGCAGCCAUCAACGCGACGAUCCACGAGCUCGUGACGAUCAAGUUCAAGGACGAAGCCCAUGCCAUUGCCUACUCGACCGACGUCUCGAACAAGCUCGAAGGCUAUGGGCUGGCGCUGGGCGUCGACGCCAACCAAACGUGGUCGGCGCGGCUGCUCAUCAAGAACAAGGACACGCGCGACUGGUACUUUUCUGAAGCCGAGCGGCUCGCGGCGGGCCACGCGUACCUCCGGCUCUGGUAUCUCCAAGCGCUAUCGACCGACAUUGUGCAGUUGCGCUCCAAGACGGACCAGAUCAAGAACGCACCGGGCGUCAUCCAGUCGAAGAACAAGGUUGACAUCAUUGACAAGUUUACGACGCUCCUCAAAGAAGCGGUGAAACUCAAACACAAGAUUUUCAAAAACAGCGCAUUCAACGACCAGUUGACCCAAAUGGCGACGCAAAAGAUCCCGCAAUCGUACGACGCGCACGGCCAAGCGCUCACGGACGCCGCGGCGAUUCUGGCGAAUGCGGCGUUGGACAUGGCGGACGACGAGCUCCGUGUGCUCGAGCGGACGCUGCGCGCCAAGAAGAUUCGAGCGUCGACGGCCGUCCAUGUCGGUGAAAAGGCCGUGCAGUUUGUGGGCAUUGUCAAGAAGCUCGGGGUGUCGCCAGGCUUGUUGGCACCUGCAAUUGACCGCGUCGCAGGCCUCGAGACGGUCGUCGCAGCCGUCAAGGCCGAGUACUUUGCCGAGAAGGAAGAAGAAGAGGAAGACGACGUGUUGUAG